AUGUCAGCCACCGCCUUGCUUCUCCCGGCCCCUACCAGUCGCCACCACCGCUUUGUUUCAUCUCCUCCCGCUUAUAGGCCUUUGGAUUGUGGCGUCACUCCCAAUGACACCGGAAUUUUGGAGUGGAAAAUACCGGUUACCGGUUCACCUGAUCAGUACGUCGAAAAUACCGGCACUACUGAAAACAAAACUCUCAAGAAGAGGAGUGUUGAAAGAAGGAUAAAAGAAAAAACAGAAUGGAUCAUAAGCAUAUCACCAUACGACACCGCGUGGGUGGCACUAGUGGAAGACAUCAACGGCGGGGAUGCCGGUCCUCAGUUUCCGGCAUCACUCGAGUGGAUUGCUAAUAAUCAGCUCUCCGACGGAUCGUGGGGUGACGGAAAAAUAUAA